CUCCCUGUGGGACUUGUGGCCCGAGUGUUUGGGGUGUACUGGAAGAGCCGCGUCGUCUUCCGGACUGCGCCUGCGGUGUACAAGACGAAGUGGAUCGAGAACGACAGUGACAUUGCGGCAAGCUCCGCCGGUGGGGUCCGCACGAUGCGGAGGGAGCUAAGGAAGCACGUGAGACAUGGCAAGCUGUACGGCGAGUACGAGUUGAUCGAAUACAGCAAGAUCAUGGACGAUCUUAUCCAGGAGCGCGGGUUCGUCGAUCCGUCCCUGUGGCUGAAGGAUGGGUACCAUCCCAGCGCGGACCCCUCCCGGCGCUACCUCGAUGCGAUUUUCCGUCUCUUGAACGUGACGACGGUGGAGGAGAAGGCGCAGGUGAACGACAGCAAACGGUUGACGUCGGCGCUCGCCGGCGACGAGGAUGAG